AUGGCUCACUUCACUCUCUUCCACUACCUCUUCGCCAUCUUCGUUGUGCUGGCCAUGGUCGCCAACGCACGGCCAACAACCUCUGAACCCGAUACUGCUGACCUUGCUGGGAUGCUGGAAAUGCUUACCGGGUCUAAAUCCAACAGCAAACAGAGGGCGGAGUCAGCUGAUGACGAACAGUCCGAAUAUAUGCAGGCCAUAAAGGACGCCAUGGAUGUUGCUUCCCAGGCCACUCCUACCACUGCCGGCCCUCGAGCAACUCCUAGCGUGGCUGCCACUGCGCCUACCCAGCCAUCAGGCAGUACCCGCCCAGCGGCUGAGGCUAGCCCAGCUGCAACUACACCGGCUACAAAGCCAAAUGUGUUGUCGAACAUUCCUCUCCUCGGACCAAUGUUGGGCGAUCUGGCAUAA